AGAAAAGAGGUUUACGUCUUCUCGGUACAUUUGAUCACAAAUAAUUAACGGCAUCAAAUGCGUCUUUGGGAUCUGCACUGUUGCUGAAUUCCAAGUCGGUUUCCCUCUCUCUCUCACAUCUCACAUUUGGACCAGUUUCCCCUCUUAACUACUUUCUCAACCAAUACCAAGUAUUUGUCAAUCUCUCCCUCCCUCUCUCACACAACAAUCACCAGCAAUUCCUUCGCUCUUUCCUUCAAUUCUCUCUCUUUCUCUCUCUCUCGCCGCUGUGGUAGAAUUUAUUCUUCGAGAAAGAAUGCGUUGCCUAUCUUUGCUCUGUAUCUCUCUCUUCCUCUAUCUUUUCUCUUGGUCUGCUUUCACCUUCUGAGUUUCGUGUAGGAGGAAGAGAGAUACCCAUAUCCUGCUUUUCACAGUAUCAGGUCGUACCUCGUUCACUCUAUCCUCCCUUUCUGUCUUUCGAGAUUAGAAAUCUAGCCUUACCUUGAUCUCCCUCUCUCCCUUCUUUCUCUCUCAUGAGGAGGUAGAAGGUAAAUGGCGACGAAUUCCAAUAUGGGGUUUCAUCAGGGGACGCUCAUCCCCCCGGCGGCGUAUAAUCGCCACGCUAUCUCCUUUCAGACCGGGGCCAUCAGUAGCUCCUCCGGGAUCCACUCGCCGGACACCGGAGGGUUCGGGGAAGCGUUCUCUGCUCUCAAGCACGACACCGGCUUGGCUGUGGAUUGGUCACCUGAAGAGCAGUCCAUACUGGAGAAAGGGCUAAUGAAGUAUGCGGGUGAACCUAAUAUCAUGAAGUACGUCAAGAUUGCUUCUGAAUUGAGAGAAAAGACUGUUCGGGAUGUUGCCCUUAGGUGUCGUUGGAUGACAAGAAAGGAAAGUGGAAAGCGGAGGAAGCUAGAAGACUGUUAUUCAGGGAAGAAGCUUAGAGAUAGAAAGGAGAAGACCAUAGAGUCCUCUAGUAGGGCUAAUAUAUGUCCAGUCCCACAGCUGAACUUGGGUACAUAUCCUUUCAUGGUGCAUCAGAUAGCCAACGGCAAUGCAUUAUCAAGUCAAGCUAUGACUCCGACAAUGACUACCACAACCCAGCAUCUUUUGGAAGAAAAUAACCAGGUGUUUAACCAGAUUGCUGCCAAUCUUCAAGCAUACAAGGUACAAGACAAUAUUGAACUUUUCCUGCAUGCCAGGAAUAAUAUCACGGCCAUCCUCAAUGACAUGAACGGGAUGCCUGGGAUAAUGAGUCAGAUGCCUCCAUUACAGGUCACUAUCAAUGAAGAACUUGCAAGUACCAUUCUCCCCAAUACCAGUCAGGUUAUAAGCUAUGAAAGGGGUUAUGUGAACUCAAGAACAGCUCCGAGACAUGGUUUUGACACGUGAAACAUUGCAACAUCCUGAAUUUUUUUGUAUCAACAAGGUCUUCUCUCAAUUCUUGACCACUCCAUGACGAUUCGCCCUACAGUCAGACACCUGAGACUUCAGAAGACUUGAUUUAGCAGUCCAAGUACUUGAUGGAUACUCUGCUAGAGAUCGAAAGAAUAAUUUUCAGUUCAGACAUUGGGAUGUCAUAUUGCAAGGGCGCCUGUACUGUAAUCCUGCAAUUCACUUCAAGCAACCUAUGGAGAUGAAAGAAGGGUGUGCAGGCAAUUGAGCUGAGAAUUGCAGACCUUGUGAAAAAUGGCAGGAGAGCUGCUUCGAGCUUCCUCAAUUAUGUAUUACACGCUUACAUAGGAGACACACACGUGCAUGCAUGCACAUUACAUGAACCUUGUUCGCAGUUUCCUGCUCAUUGAGGCAUGCAAAAGCCCAUGUAAAAUUUUUGGGGCAUGAAAUUAUAGAUACUGAAUAAAACUGGAGAAAAUAAAGUGCUUGUCAUUGAUUUUUCCUACCAGACUAAAGUUGCAACUGCUAAGAGGAAAAUUACUGGAGUUUCUGCAA